AAGUAGUAUAAUGGACAUUGCUUUUAAAAUAGCCAAUUCUAUACGUUCACGAAGCUUGCAAAGGCGACUUUUUAAAUUACAAUUAGAAGAAAACGAUUCUCAGCAUUGUGAUUUAUUACUGCAUACGAAUGUUAGAUGGUUGAGCCGUGGUAAAUUUCUAGAAAGGUUUCAAUGUUUACUUCAUGAAAUAAUUGAGUUUUUAAAAUCCAGAGGCGAUAAUUAUAAUUGUUUAACAAACAAUACAUGGCUUCAGAACUUAGCUUUUUUAACAGAUAUAACGGCUCAUUUAAACACUUUAAAUGUUGAACUUCAAGGAAAAGAUGGGACAAUAAUUGAGUUAUUGAGUUCUAUAAAUGGGUUUAAAUCAAAAUUGAUAUUACUCAAGUCACAAUUAAAUGAAUCUAAUUUGAAUAAUUUUCCAAACUUAAAAGAUAUUUUUGAAAAGCAAAAAUGUACAGUGGCAGUGGAAAUAUAUUGCUCUGAGGUUGAAAAAGUGUACAAUGAAUUUGAAAGACGAUUUAAAGAUAUUCAAAAAUUAGAGCCGAUUAUUACAUUUAUGUCCUUUCCUUUCUCCGAAACAAACAGUAUUGAAAAUAUUUCUACACAAAUAAGCAAUUUGUUUGAUAUGGAUUCUACAAAAUUUGAAUCUGAAAUUAUAAAAAUUAAAUCAGAUAUAUUCCUCAAAGCUCGAGUUUAUGAAACAAAUUUUUGGAAUUUACUGAGUGAAGAAAAAUAUCCGGGUUUGAGGAAUGUAGCUUUGCAGUUACAUACUUAUUUUGGAUCUACAUAUUCGUGCGAAACAUCAUUUUCUCACAUGAAAAUGAUAAAAACAGAAUUUCGAUCUACGCACUCUGAUGACCAUUUGGAGCAGCAGUGGCGGCUCUGUCUUCGAUUAGCAGUUAGCAACUAUUCGCCAGAUUUCGACCAAUUGGUCAACGACAUGCAAUGUCACACUUCAUCAAUGGCCAGAUCAACAAAAUAA